CUUCGUCCUUCUUGCCUACUCUCCACUCCAUUUCUCUGUGAAAGCAGCAAUGUCAGACAACGAGGAGAGAUGGGAUUCUUUAACUGAUGAGAUUCUAACCCAUAUUUUCCUAAGCCUACCUAUCAAAUCCAUCAUUAUCUGCACCUCAGUCUCAAAAACUUGGAACUCUCUAAUUCAAAACUCCACUUUCAUUUCCACCCAUCUCCACCACUCCUACACCAACACCAACAACAACAACAACCACAACCUCCUCCUUUUCAAAUUGGUCACACAACCAGCUAAUCCUGAAUCCACAGUUAACAACAAAGAAGUCUACUUAUUGUAUAAAGAAGAUGAUGAUGAUGGUUUCACUGAAGAACUCACCAGGUUUGAACCCAGUAAUCAUAUAUUCCGUGUGGUGGGUACUUGUAACGGCCUGCUCUGCCUUGCCGAUGAUAUAUUCGAUUUCAACACUGACAGGUUUUUUCUGUGGAACCCAUGUGUUAGAAAGUUUCUACAACUUCCUCAUCCCAAUGUCAGGUGCGCUACACACAUUGACUCUGACUUCUACGCCACUAUUGGUUUUGGAUUUGAUCCCACAACUAAUGAUUAUAAAGUGGUGAGGCUUUUGACCUUUGCCUGCACAAACCCGAGAACCGAGGUUGAGAUUUACUCACUCUCCACUGGUGAAUGGAGAAUGCUUAGCUCUGGUUUGGUUCCCCAAUGCGCCUUAGGCCCUCGUCAGCCGCGGGCGUUUCUCAAUGGGGCUCUGCAUUGGGUUGCUUUCAGGGCUGUUAACGUUAACAAAGCACAUCAUUUUGUUUUGGUGUUUGAUUUGGGGGAUGAGGUCUUCCGCGAGAUACUGCUGCCAGAAGAACUUCCACCUUACACCCAUGACGGUUUUCUGUGUGCUUAUGUUUCCAUAUAUGGGAAUUCCAUUGCCUUGUUUCAUGACGACUAUAGUAGUCUUCGUCUCAACAUAUGGGUGAUGAAACACUAUGGUGUUGUUUCCUCGUGGACCAAAGCUUUAAGUUUACCUAUGACUUAUCAAGGUGGCUUUGCUUCAACAAACUACAUACCAAAGGCAGUAGGUUUUAUGAGGAAUGGCAGGAUUGUUUUGGAAAUGAAUGGAGGACACCUUAUGUCACAGGAUCUUAAGACCCAAGAAAUUAAGGAUCUUAGGCUUAUUGGAUAUAAUUAUAAUUUUGUUGACGCUUAUGUUGAGAGUCUAGUUUUGCUUGACAAAGCUGCCAAUCACAUACUGAGGAAUGUAGAAGGAAUUGUACGUCAUACAACCUUGUUUGCAUAGUGGAGCCAAUCAGCAGAUUUUCCUUCAAUUCACACUCAUCUAACGAUGUUGUGGCUUGAACAU